CACAGUACUAGAGUGGCAACGAGGUUAUAUCUGGUCUUUAAAUCUGCUGAAGUAAAGACUUUAAAGCAAACAGGUGACAGGAUCAACAGAAGAGACUCAGCCUCUGGGCGGAGCCAAGACAGGGAAGAAGACACUCUUCGUCUCCUCUUCACCUGCAGGACAGGAGGACGAUAGAGACAGAAAUGAAGAGAGAAAAAAACGCACAUCACUACUACUACUUUGCGCUACGGUAGACUCAACUAAAGAGAAAGAGAAAGAAACGCUGGCCUCUCUGGACCAUCGCAAGAACAAGCUAACUGAUAACUGUUAUCACACUAAGAGACUUUCAGCUUUCUUUAAAAACAUCAGAUUUUAAGUUCAGGGACUUUGUAAUUGUUGAAAAAUACCACCAUUUUUUUGACAUUUAUUACACUUUAAACGAAGGAGCAAUGUCUGCUGUAACGUCUGCAUCUAUCUGCUGGACUUUACUGUCUGUCUGCCUCUCGUUUGUCUCUGCAGUAGAAGAAGUUAUAUUAGGUCAGACUGGAAUGACCAUCGCUCUGCCAUGUCAAGUUCCAAGCAACAACAACCCCAUUGUAGCUGUGGAGUGGAGCAGACGUGACCUGGAGCCAGAAUAUGUCCUUUUUUACCGGGACAAUAAGCUUGUUCCAGAUUACCAGCAUCCGUCUUUUAAGAACCGGGUGGAUCUGCAGGACAGACAGAUGAAGGGUGGAGACGUGUCUUUGAUUCUGAUGGAUCUUACUACUGAUGACGCGGGAGCAUACGAGUGUUACGUGGUCCAGAAAGGAGCGAACCACAGCAAAACAACGAGUCUGGAUGGUUACUACAUCAGAGCCACCUACCUGACUGUUUCUCUUCAAAACCACAAUAACAACAUAAUUAUUGGGGGAGACAUGGCCACUCUAGAAUGUCAAGCUCCAAACAGCAAUGACCCCAUCAUAGCUGCAUUAUGGAUAAGACCUGACCUGGAGCCAGAAUAUGUCCUUUUUUACCAGGAUGAUGAGAUUGAUACAGAUUAUCAGCAUCCGUUUUUUAAGAACAGGGUGGAUCUGAAGGACAGACAGAUGAAGGGUGGAGACGUGUCUUUGAUUUUGAAGGAUGUGACAGCUGAUGACUCAGGACUCUAUGUGUGUUACGUUGACCAGAGAAAAACGAAACAAACAUGUCUGGAUAUUCACCCCAUCAGAAGCACCUACCUAACUGUGGUUCCUCCAGACCAGAAAAACAUCACAGUUGAUUCUGGGCAGAACAUCAUUCUACCAUGUCGAGUUCCACACCCGGAUUUAAAGUUUAUCAUGGUUGUAGUGUGGAAAAGAGCUGACCUGGGAGAAGAAUAUGUCCUUUCUUACCAGAAUCAGCGAUUUCAUCCAGAAAAUCAGCAUCCGUCUUUUAAGAACCGGGUGGAUCUGCAAGACAGACAGAUGAAGGAUGGAGACGUGUCUUUGAUUCUGAAGGAUGUGACUACUGAUGACUCGGGAGCAUACGAGUGUCAUGUGGUCCAGAGAGCAGUGUACAUUAGGGAGACAGCCAGUCCUGAUAGUGAACGCAUCAGCACCAACUAUUUAAGUGUUGUGCGUCCAAAUUACCACCAGCAUCCAUCUUUUAAGGACCGGGUGCAUCUGAAGGACAGACAGAUGACGGAUAAAGACAUGUCUUUGAUUCUGAAGAAUGUGACAAUUAAUGACACUGGAACAUACGAGUGUUAUGUGGCCCAGAGAGGAGUGAACCGCAGGAAGAGAGCCAGUCUGGAUAGUUACCCCAUCAGCACCACCUACCUGAGUGUUGUUCCUCAAAGCCAGAAAAACAUCACAGCUGAGUCCGGACAGAACGUCACUCUGACAUGUCGAGCUCCAAACAACAACAUCAUACCAGCUGUCACACAGGAGGAGACAACAAAGAUGAAGGUGGAAGGAAGGAGGCUGGAAUAA